GCUCAUCUCAGACCAGAGUCGAGUACAUUAAAUAACCUUAGCUAAUCGUGGACACAAUUGUAAACAGUUAUCUGUCAUCAAGCAAAUGGCGUAUCGAAAGACCAGCAUGAGCAGUUUCAGUAGACCCGACAGACACAGGACAACAUCAACCACCACCAGGUCAACACACCUUGGAGCAUCAAAGUCUGACCUGGAGAGAGAUUCAGGCUUCUCAGAUGCCAGCUCCGAGUACCUCAGUACAGUCGAUCUGACUGACUCCAAAGAUGCAAGUAGAAAUGGGACGAUAGUCAACCAUGAUGCGACAGGUCUCCAGAUGGCUGUGAUGGGAGGCUCCUAUGCUGGACUCUCUCCACUAAUCAUCAUGAAUAACUUUGUCUUACAGCAGUCAUCUCCACUGGCUCCAGCAGAAAAUCAGUGGGGCUUUCCUUCUCCCUUGGAAGUGAUGCCUCAGUCACAGGUGGUUCUUCUUCAACCCAUGGUAUCAAAUGCUAGCAGCAGCAGCAGCAGCAACAGCUCCUCAAAGACUGGCUCUGAAAAUAUACAAAAACCAAAAAGCUACAUGCCCAUCCUCAAGUCUUAUCCAAGAAUUGCCCGCCAGCCGGCGGCCACGCACACAAAGAGAAUAGGAUCCUCCAAGGUGAGGGUGAGUUCAACGUCAGGAUAUGAGAAUCGGCAGAGGAGGCACCACCACGGCCACAAGCUCCACAGCUCCCCCAUCCCAGAGCCAGCACCGCACACUACAAUCAAACCCAUCUCAAACUUUGAAUCAGCUAACGACCAAUCACAGCCAGCCGAGGGUCAGGAGUCUCUCUCCCUGCUGACAGGGGCCGACUCUCUGCUCCCCUACACAGAUGAAUUCAGGACAGAUACUGACAGUAACAGAAUCGAUGUGGACCAGGAAGACGCACUCUCAUUGGAUUGUAACAAACUGAAGCGUUUCAGCAAUACCUACAACAUUCUCAACAAAUCUGGCUUGCUGGGGAUCACCCUGCGCACAAAGCAGCUGAUGAAGGAGAAUAAGCGCACCCAAGGCCAGCUGCAGCAGCUUCAGGAGCAGACGGCUCUGCUGCUGGAGACUCUGGGCAGCAGAGACCCUCAGCUCUGGACUAAACUGCUGCUCUCUGUGCAGCACACAGACAAGGAGCAAAGUGGGGAUAAAGCUCAGAGAGUCCUGGCGUAAUACAUAUCGCAGAACAUGACCAGCAUUUUGUGACCUAUUAGGAGGUCACAAAAUGAAAACCUGAAUCUCAAAUAUUUAAGAUGAAA